CAUGAAUCCAUUUGUUUGUUCGGUUUUACAUGACUUGCCACAUGUAUAUCAAUCCCCAACCAUGAACAUAAGAUCCAUAGAACCUGAAUAAACUAGCUUAGCUAUUUCAUCAUGGAUGCAGAAAAUGUUUCUAAGAAUAAUGGUACGAAGAAAGUGUUGAUGUUCCCAUGGUUGGCUGUAGGACACAUCACACCAUUCUUGGAGUUAGCCAAGAAACUGUCUGAUAGAGGCUUUCACCCAAUCCAUCUAUGUUCCACCCCUGUCAACCUUAGUUUCAUCAGAAACAAGAUCCCCCAGAAAUACUCUUCUUCAAUCCAGUUAGUGGAGCUUCACUUACCAGAAUUACCAGAACUCCCUUCUAACUACCACACCACCAAUGGUCUUCCACCUCAUCUCAACUCAUCCCUUGAAAAAGCCCUAAAAAUGGCCGAACCCACUUUCUCAGACAUCUUUAGGACCAUGAAACCAGACUUGCUGAUCUAUGACUUUAUGCAGCCGUGCGCAGCCGCAGUAGCCAAGUCGCACCAAGUCCCGGCCGUCCUGUUCUUUACUUCCGGUGCAGCCACAUUCCUACCCUCUUUCAGAUACCUCUCAGCUCAAAUGACUGCAGAAGUUGAUGCCAGAUAUAGAAGUUCGGUUGGAAUAUUAGAGGUAGAGGCUAAGUAUUUUAGGACGUUAUGAAGAUAAUUGUGUAAGUAGAAAAAGCUUUUAGCUAACUAGAAGAGAGGAUGGAAGAAGAGAGAACUUGUAUUUUAUUGCUUGAAG